GGCUGGUUGACGUUGACUGUGCCCAAGUACGUACAGCUGCUGUAUGCGGGCGCUGAUCUAGCCGCGCGCUAUCGAUUAAGGUUGCCCUGCAGAAGCUGACAAACCGUACGACGGACGUUACGUUCAUUAAAUUCUAUCGAAGGAUCGAUUAACCGUAGAGAGAUAAUCGUGAGGAUAUACCUAAUAACGCGCCGAAUGAACAAUUUGAUAAUCCAGAUAUUGUCAAAACAUUGCGAUGGCAGGCCAAAAUCAUCAUCGUGCGACAUCGCAAAAUUCGAUCACACUGCAAGAGGAAUCACGCCACGAUGGCGAGAUAGUGAAUUUUGAUUAUGUUGCCUCUUACGAUGAAAUCGAUUCACCUGCUGAGAAUGCGGUUGAUGAAAGAGAGGAUGAGUUCGAGAGCUUUGAGACCGAACACGAAGUGUCGAAUGACCAAAACGAAAAUGAAGAUGAGGUUGAAGAGGAGAAGGAAGAUAUCAUACCUCUUGCCUUCGUCAAAGCGAGCGAGUACUGUCUUUUUUGUCGAGCUCGAUUCCCUGUAUUUGAUUCCAUAAACCAGCUAUCUGCUUCCAUGACUGGUGUUAUUCAAUCUUUGCUUGGGAAUUCGGAUUUAACAAAUUGGAUCUUCUAUGGCAAAUGGGCAUAAGUUUAAACCCAUCGGUCGCGUGGCAGAUGCCUGUGGAGGUGAAGGGCUCUCUCUAUCUGCAAAUUGAUUACGAUAGUUUGUUGUCAAGAGUUGAUAAUGAAUCUGCGAAGUUCCAGCCAUCAGUUCUCGUAUAACACCCUCCCGAAUUACGAUCGCGAAUCUGGAGUUUCGUAGGGCCUACAUCAGCAUAUUCAGCCUUCAUGCUUUUGACUGGAGAGACACCAACACUGGCCCGUCAACUUCGGGCUCCAGCCGCGCGAGAGCUCACAUUGCAACCAGGCUGUUACAUCAAUUUAAGUAUUAUAAACAUGUAUGGUACACAGUAUAUAUCAACCUUGACUAUACAAGACGGACCCGAACCCGGAUCCGGCACUGGAAUCAAGGUAGUCGGAACAGUUACUGGCAUUCAGGUUAUAUCCAGUGUUCAUGAAAUUUGCUCUAUCAGACUUUUAGGUGAAAACUAGAAAUUGAAAUAGAUAGAAACGUUCCCUA